CAAUGGAAAGCGGGCGCGCGUUGCAGGCUCACGAACUCACAGCCGAGCUCGCACUAGUUGCUGUGGUGAAGGCCUCCGGCGGCGGUAAAAUGGCGCCCGGGGUAAAACGUAAAUCACGGGCCACCGGCACAGAACAGAGCGAAGGCGCUGACAACGCCAGCCACCGCACUAAAAGAUCCGCGGGAGCUGCUAGACCAGAAGUGGGCUGUCGAGGAGAUAUCGACUCGUCGUUCGUGGAGGGUUCCAUCGUCCGGAUCGCCAUGGAGAACUUCCUAACUUAUGAUCAUUGUGAGGUGUAUCCAGGACCCCAUUUAAACAUGAUAGUAGGAGCUAACGGAACUGGUAAAUCAAGCAUUGUUUGCGCCAUAUGCCUGGGGUUGGCAGGAAAGCCUUCCGUCAUUGGACGAGGAGAUAAGGUUGGUCUCUAUGUGAAGCGAGGCUGCAACAAAGGAAUAGUUGAAAUUGAGCUGUUUAAGAUUCCAACCAACCUCAUUAUCACACGAGAAAUUUAUGUGGCAAACAACCAAUCAUCGUGGUUUAUUAACAGAAAACCUUCCACCCUCAAAACGGUAGAAGACCAAGUUGCAGCCCUAAACAUCCAAGUGGGCAAUCUGUGCCAGUUUCUUCCACAGGACAAAGUUGGGGAAUUUGCAAAAUUAUCCAAGAUUGAACUUCUUGAAAACACAGAGAAAUCAGUGGGUCCUCCAGAAAUGUAUAAAUUUCACUGUGAUCUAAAGACUUUCAGACAGCAUGAGCGAGAACUUGAGAAUUCAUGUGAGGAAAUAAAUACUAACCUAGAAAAAAUGAAGCAAAAGAAUGAAAGAUAUAAGCAAGAUGUGGAGCGUUAUCAUGAACAUAAGCGUCAUCUAGAUUUAAUUGCAAUGCUUGAAAAGAAAAGACCUUGGGUGGUAUAUGAAAAUGUUCGUCAGCAGUAUGAUGAGGUGAAACAAAGCAGAGAUCGCCAGAAGGAAGCAUUAAAAGCACUGAAAGAAGCACAGUCUCCUGUACUAUGUCAGAUCCAAGAUGCUAAUGAGCAGUAUUCAAGUCUGGAUGCCAUAAUAAAAGAGAAGAUUGCAGCUAUUGAAGAUAUAUCCCAAAAAUGCAAAAAGCAACAAGAUGCUUUGGAGAAAAAAGACAAACAAAUUGGGGAGAUAGAGCAGGCUUUGAGGAUGAAGAGAGAAGAAGAAAUGGAUCGGCAGAAGAGAAUUGACAACACUCGUAAGAUGAUAGAAGACUUGAAUAACGAACUGAGAAAUACAGACAACUGUGAUAAUAUUCAGCCCCAAGUGGAUUCUAUUGAUGCAGAACUGAGAUGUUUGGGGGAAGACAUAGCGCAUAUUGAUGUUGAAAGAACGGGUGUACGCAAUGAAAUGGAGAAUGUACAUAGGGAGCAAAAAGAGAUAAACGAUUGCAUUGUACAAUUUGACAAUAUGAUGAAUAUGAAGGAAGAGAAGCUCAGAGGAAGAUACAAAGACACAUACAAUGCUCUUCUGUGGCUAAGGAAGAACAGAGACCGGUUUAAAAGAAGUGUUUGUGACCCCAUGAUGCUUGCAAUCAAUAUGAAAGACCAGAAGCAUGCUAAAUAUGUAGAACAUCACAUUUCAGCCAAUGAUAUGAGAUCCUUUGUCUUUGAAAGCAGAGAAGAUAUGGAUAUCUUUCUAAGAGAGGUACGUGAUAAUCUGAGACUAAAAGUGAAUGCUGUGAUUGCCCCUAAUGAAUCAUUUGCUGAAAUCAGACCUUCCAAACCAAUUGAAGAACUCAAACGCUAUGGGUUUUUCUCUUACCUGCGAGAGUUAUUUGAUGCACCCCAGCCUGUGAUGAGUUACCUGUGCCAAAGCUAUCAUGUUCAUGAGGUCCCUGUGGGAACAGAGAAGACCAGAAAUAUGAUCGAAAGGGUCAUAAGUGAAACCAAACUGAGGCAAAUGUACACUGCAGAGGAAAAAUAUGCUGUAAAAGUAUCUUCUUACACAAAUCAAACUGUUUGUAGUAACACGUCAUUAAGGGCAGCACAGUUUCUGAAUGUUACCGUGGACACAGACAAAAAAAGGCAAUUGGAAAUUCAACUUCAGGAAAUUGAUAGGAAGUUGGAGUUGCUGAAUUCUCAAAUGACUACACUAUCGGAGAAUCUGAGAUCCCUGGAAUGCAGAGAAAAUGAACUCAGACAACAGAAGAAGGAAGUUUUGCAGCGAAAAAACAGAAGGAAGCAACUGGAAUCAAAAAUCAGCAUGAGACAUGAGAGUUUAAGACAAAUGGAACAAGAUGCCAUCAACCUGGAAGAAGAAUCUGAACAAGCAAAUGUUAAAAUAAAAAGAAUUAAUACUCAGAAAGUAAAACUUGUAACAGAAUUUGUGGAUCUCAUAAAGAACUGUGUGACCCUGAACAGACAGAGAACAGAUUUAGUACUACAGAGUACUACAGCUGCUUUCCACAAGAACAGACUUGAGGCUGAACAUAAAGCUGCAAUGGCACAGCUACAGGCUGCUGAGCAACAGUUUAUGGAGCUGGAAGAAAGGAAACGUAGUCUCUAUGAGAACUGUAAGAGUUUGAUGCGUAAAGCUAUGCAAGCUUGUAACCUUGGCCCAAAUCAAAACAUCCCUAAGGGCUUUUACGAUGCAUUCCAGGCUCUUCCGAGAACACUGGAUGAAAUUGACGCUUUACUGAAUGAGGAGAGAUCAAGAGCUUCCUGCUUCACCGGCCUCAGUGCUUCAGUUGUUGAUGACUGUAACAAAAGGACUGAAGAAAUAGAAAAGAUGACGCUGGAGCUACAGGAAAAGAAGAAAGAGUUGAAUGACUUCAGGCAAAACAUUUCACAGGUUAAGGAAAAGUGGCUAAACCCUCUAAAACAGCUGGUUGACCGAAUCAAUGACAAGUUCAGUAGCUUUUUUAGUUCCAUGCAGUGUGCAGGAGAAGUGGAUCUUCACACAGAAAAUGAGGAAGAAUAUGAUAAAUACGGAAUUCGGAUUAGAGUCAAGUUCCGCAGUAGCACUCAACUUCAUGAACUAACUCCCCACCACCAGAGUGGAGGGGAGAGAAGUGUUUCAACUAUGUUGUAUUUGAUGGCUUUGCAGGAACUCAACAAAUGCCCAUUCAGAGUAGUAGAUGAAAUAAAUCAGGGAAUGGACCCAGAUAAUGAAAGGAGAGUCUUUGAUGUGGUGGUAAAAACUGCCUGCCAAGAGAGUACUUCUCAAUACUUCUUUAUUACACCAAAGCUCUUGCAGGACCUCACUUACACAGAGAAAAUGACUGUGUUGUUGGUCUACAAUGGAUCUUCUAUGCUAGAAUCAAGUAACUGGAACUUAAAGGCUUUCUACAGAAGACGACAGCGAUUUCAGAAGUAAUUUAUCGACAGAAUUCAACGCUUUGUGGAACCCAGAACAAAAAUCCGUUGGAGAAAAUUGGAGAACUCAGGAAGUUUGUUUACUUAGAAGAAUCAAUAGAAUUAACAACUUCCUCAAACACAAAGGCCUUAUGGAAAAGUAGGAACCUUGAAUUCUCCUCAAUGAAUUGCUAAGAUAUUAAGAAAGUCUUUCUGGUUUGAUAUCAUUUAGGUCAGAACUCAGCAGCUCAACGGUGUGAUGCAGUCUUCCACCAUUGUUUUGUUCAUGAUAUCUUCAGGCCCAUCUAUUUACAGUCUGUAUUAUUGCAAAGGCUAAUAUUAUAUGUUCUUACAAUAUGUGUAUAUAUAAAUGUUUAUUUUUACCUUUUGAUUACUUUCCUCUUAAGGACUGUGUACUAUAUUUUUGGGCUAGAGCUGAAGGACUUUAUUUCAGUCCUUGGCAAUAUGUGAGGGAAAGAAACAUUACCAUGGCAGGCUUUCACUUGUGUCAACAUAUUCAAAUCCUUUUCUUGUAUCCAUAAAUGUUGUGCUAUACCAUUUGGAUUUGCUGGUAAAGUGGUAAAGAUUUCACCAAAUUUGUUCAAUAAGAAAGUUUAACAAUUGUCACUGUGAACAAUUGUAAGCUCCCAAGUAUCUUUGUUAAAUAUCCUGUUUAAAGAUCUGAUGUCUGUAAUUAAUGUUUGGCACUAGAUAUAACAUGUACAGGUCUUCACUUGUUGGUAAGGUACCAUCUUAAUCAAACUUGUGUUCUGGAGGAAGAGAUACUUUCAGACUCUUGUGAAAACAAACAUGCAAUAUCAUUUUUUUAAAAAAAAUCUUCAAGAGAGAACAAUUUGUUUUCCUUAUGUUUGCUUAUUUUAAAAAAUGUACCAAUGUUAUGUGGUAGGAAAUACUAAAUUUUACCCUGAUGUCUUUUGUAUAUGUACAUCUUUUGCCAAAAACAUUAUAGCAAUUUUUGUAUAAUAAAUUUAUUUUAGAAACCA